AAUGCUUACCAGCAUACACUUGGUCGCAGUUCUCACGUGGAAGCGGCCGGGAGCGAAACCGUAAAAGCAAUACUGCAGCAUGGCCAGAAAAGUUGACAUCAAGUACACGCAGCUGUUCAUUAACAAUGAAUUUGUUAAUUCAGUUUCUGGGAAGACAUUUCCAGUUUAUAACCCUGCAAAUGAAGAAAAAAUUGCAGAUGUGUAUGAAGGAGACAAGGCAGAUGUAGAUAAAGCAGUUGCUGCAGCCAAAGAAGCAUUCAAGAGGGGUUCAGAAUGGAGAACAAUGGAUGCCUCUAAACGAGCAGUUCUGAUGCAUAAGUUAGCAGACUUGAUGAUGAGGGAUAUUCAGUACUUGACAGUUCUACGAGUAAUGGAAGGAGGGAAGGUCUCUUCAGCCUCUUAUUCGGAAGUAGUAUAUGCUGCUGAUACUCUGCGUUAUGCUGCUGGUUGGGCUGACAAAAUUCAUGGUCAGACCAUCCCCACAGAUGGCCCUUACUUCACCUACACACGGAAAGAACCUGUUGGUGUGGUUGGCCAAAUAAUACCGUGGAAUGCUCCAGUGCUGAUGGCUGCAUGGAAGUUAGCUCCUGCUUUUGCCACAGGUUGUACUGUAGUGCUGAAGCCUGCUGAAGACACACCUCUCUGUGCGUUAUAUAUUGCAGCCCUGUGCAAAGAAGCUGGCUUUCCUGCUGGUGUUGUCAAUGUUGUCCCAGGCUAUGGGUCAACUGCAGGUGCUGCCAUUGCUUCACAUCCUGACGUUGCCAAAGUGGCUUUCACAGGUUCUGUUGUGGUUGGAAAAUCUAUUAUGGCAGCAGCAGCACAGUCUAACCUGAAGAAAGUCUCAUUGGAGCUGGGUGGUAAAAGUCCUUUGAUAAUACUUCCCGAUGCUGACAUUGAUGAAGCAGUGAACAUAGCACAUGAUUGUGUAUUUGUCAAUCAGGGACAGGCUUGCUGUGCAGGAACAAGAACAUUUGUGCAUGAAAACAUAUAUGAUGAAUUUGUUAAGAAAGCCAAAGCAAAAGCUGAAGCAAGAAAGGUUGGUGAUCCCUUUGAAGAUGGUGUUGUUCAAGGUCCUCAGAUCAAUGAGAAAAUGAUGAAUAAGGUUCUGGACUAUAUUAAAUCAGGAAAGGAACAAGGAGCUCACAUCGAAUGUGGUGGAGAACGUCUGGGUACAACAGGUUAUUUUAUCAAGCCAACAGUCUUCUCAAAUGUUACUGAUGACAUGAAAAUUGCAAAAGAGGAGAUAUUUGGACCAGUUCAGAGUAUUUUAAAAUUCAAAACUCUUGAGGAAGCCAUUGAAAGAGCAAACAAUACUUCUUAUGGGUUGGCUGCUGGAAUCUUGACAAAGGAUAUCAAUAGUGCACUCACUUGUGCAAAUGCUUUAGAGGCUGGGAGUAUUUGGGUCAACUGCUUCCUUGUUAUUCCUGUUCAGGCACCAUUUGGUGGAUAUAAAGAGUCUGGAAUUGGUAGGGAAAUGGGAGAAGAAACACUACAUGAGUACUUAGAAGUGAAGACAGUUUCUGUGAAGCUCCCAUCCAAGUCUUGAAGUGUUUCCAAGAAAUGAAACAAGGCUUUGCUGCUUUUAUAAUAUUACAGAACCAGCAGUAUUCUUUGUUAAAAUUAUUAUUUCUCAGGAUAAUUUCUGAUAAAGUAAAUCAUUUGCAAUUUUUAAUAAACUGUUUCGUAAUUUAUA